GAAUCUCACUCGCCUCUUGAUUUGUCCUUUGGACACCAUGAUGCCUGAUCUACCACAGGAACUAAUCGACCGUUUCAUCGACGAAUCCUUUCGUUCUACAGAAGAUCUCAAAAAUCUAUCGCUGGUUAGCAAGUCCUGGCUCCCUAGAACUCGAUACUACAUCUUUCGCUGCAUUACGCUUGCACCUCGAGACCCUCAGGAGAUCAGCGAAUACUACGAUUACCUAGACCGCAAAGCCUCUGCCAUACGUAGUGGACGUUCCUAUCAUCCCCUAUCUUUCACAGAACGGCGACUACUUCACUCUCCAUUAUUUGGGAAUCUACAACCGCAAAAAGUCUUUAUGUCUUCCAUUCGAGAUACCCUUCAUCUCGUUCGGGGUCUACGUCUACAAUCCUUCAUUCGAAUAGGCGGAGAACGACGGAUAUCUCCUGAGGAAUACUUUCAUCGAUGGCUUGGAUUCGGAGGCCACAAAUCUGCCGAAGAGUCCAUUCUAAUGCGGGGCCUAUCUAUUGAUGAUGAGUUUCAUGAAAGACAGAAAGCUCGCUGGAAUGCUGUUGAUCUACCUUGGGGUCAUCGAGCAGGGCUCCAUGCACUAUCAUUUAGAAGCUUGCGGUUUAUUCAUAUCCAGUGGAGUGUAUUUAGUUGGAUACCACCAUCUGUUGCUUUGGAAGGAGACGAUUUUCCCGUUCAUGUGGAUCUUGACGAGUGGCCAGGAUAUCAGCUAGCCAUGCUUCUCAAAGCUAACGAGAACACCCUGGACCAAAUUUCGAUCGAUGAGUAUCCCGGCUUCCAAUUAACCACUACCCAGAUUUCAGAUGCACUGUUGGAUCUCCUUAUGGUCAACGUGCCAAAACUCAAGUCUGUUUGUCUUGGGGGAUUGAUGCAGCGAAUGAAUACUUUUCCAGUACCUGAGGCUUUAUUCGAUCUUUCCCAGCCAGAAGAUCCAGAGGCCCUUGUCUCACUAGACCGACCGCGCUACCCUUCAGGCCGGGAGGUUCCGCAUGUGUAUCCAAAUUUGGCCAGUACAAGGAGUAACAACUCAGACGGUCAAUCUCUAUCUCUUGAUCGUUUUUCUGUUCGAGGGUUUGACUCAGAAUCCACUCUUCUGAUAGAGGAUGCAUUCCUGAAUAGCGGAGUACUCUCUGCUAUGAAAUAUUUGACUCUGUCUUCGAUGCCAGAGAACUUCGAUUAUAUGUUCUUCCUGUCUAGAUUGUGUCGGACAUUGACACACCUCACUCUUGAUUUGGAUAAGUCGACCCGCCAUCUGGACUUGCAAUUUCAUCUCCUCCCUAAUUUGACAUGUCUCCAGUUCAUGAUACACUCGAUCGUAGAUGAGGAUAUCCUCCGAAACAUGAUCCUAUCUCUGCUAAAUGAUGGUGCUUCCGAAUUGGAUGAACCCAUUACAGCUGCGCGCACAGUCAAACUACACUUGGCAUUUUGCCACGAACAUCACCCAGAUCAUGUAAAGCAGUACUUAAUUGCAGCCUCGGUGGAUGAGCUAUUACAGACGCUAAUUCUGCCUACGUCAUUCGAACUGCACCAGCCAAUGAGAACACCAAGGGUGGACCAAAUCACGAUGGAUUUACCUGUGAAUAUCCUCUCGGAUUCCUUGCCAAUAACGUUUCGGACAGGAAGUUUGAACUUUGGAGAAACAGAUGACUGGUGGUAUCGGCCUUCCAACCUAUAAUGCGAAGGGGAUUCGAGAGAAGACGAGACAAGUGACAUCAACUUUUGCAACCUUUAUAUGUAGGACUUCUCCGAGCCACGAAACAAGAUUCAUUUCCUUGAUAUUGCACUUGUGUCCCUACUGAGGAUGUAGUUUACCAAAGUAACAUUCGACUGAAUGUAAAUACAUUUCUGAAAUGUGUGAAUAGCUUGGCCGACGAGAGCUCAGGUCUGCUCAGCUUGGGUGGGUCACGGGUCUUUGUACAUGUUCCAACUUGAACAUGGUGUGAAUAUUCAAACGAUGAUUUAUGUGUUGUUCGCAAAACCGAUUGAUUUUGAUUCCUUCGAAAGAAGAACAAAGAAAGGAAACCCCAAGCUAGCGCAAAAUACAGCUAGAAGAAAGGCUAAUCCACAGUAGCUCUCCUGGUGAGGGCCGUGCAAUCCGAACUUCACUCCCACCCGCACUCGGAUCGCAGGAUCUCAUUUUCCUUCUCCCUUGUCCAACUCCUUCAUUC